AUGUUAGCGCAACAAAGACAUAUAUUUUUUAUAUUUUUAUUUUGUCUUUUAUCUUAUGAUGUCAUUGGUUUUGAUCUAUUUGGAUUAUUGAGUGGAUCUGGUAGUAGUAGUAGUAGUAGUAAAAAUUCACACUCAAGCAGAAGAAAAGAUAUAAAACCUGUAUCUGAUGAUAAAGCAAGGGAAUAUUUACAAAGUUUUGGUUAUGUAGCACCAAGUCAUAUGGUUCAAGGAUCAAAUGGUGGUGAUUUUUCAGAUGUUAAAAGUGUCAUAAAAUCAGCUGUUAGGAAAUUUCAAGAAUUUGCUGGUUUAAAAGCAACUGGAGAAUUAGAUGAAGAUACUAAGAUUAAAAUGGCAGAACCAAGAUGUGGAAUGUUUGAUGUACAGGCAUUAGCUACAUCUCGUGAAGCAGUCUAUAAAUGGCACAAAAAUAAAUUAACAUAUACUCUUCUAGUUUCAACACCUGAUAUGGAUUCAGGUGAUGUUAAAAGAGUAUUACAGGAAGCAUUUAAUGCUUGGUCUGAAGUUACACCAUUAGAAUUUACAGAGGUAUCAUCUAGUGCAAAUCCAGAUAUUAAAGUUAAAUUUGCCCGAGGUGAUCAUGGUGAUAGUUAUCCAUUUACUGAUGGUAAUGGUGGUGUACUUGCUCAUGCUAUGUUUCCUGAAACAGGUUUACUUCAUUUUGAUGAAGAUGAAAAUUGGAUUUCUAUGAGUAAUGGAAAACAAAUACCACGUGGAAAAGUUGAUCUUCUUUCUGUUGCUAUUCAUGAAAUUGGACAUGCAUUAGGAUUAUCUCAUUCAAAAGUUGAAAGUUCAAUUAUGACACCAUUCUAUAAAGAACCUGUUGAUGGUAGUGGUGGAUAUGUCAAACCAAAAUUAGAUCGUUCUGAUAUUACAGAAAUUCAAGAUAUUUAUGGUAGAAGAACUACUCCAUUUAGAGGAUCAUCUGGAAGAACAGAUUCUGGUUCUUCAACUGACUCAUUUGGUAGUGGUUCUCGUACUACAACUAGAAAAUCAUCACUUUGGGAUAGAUUAUUUGGAGAUGAUGAUAAUAGUAAUCAACCUAGAACAACAACUCCAAGAUCAAGAACAACAACUGAUUCAUUUUUUGGUAGUAGUGGUAGUCGUUCUCAUGGUUCAUCAGAUGAUUCUGGUAGUUUUGGUAGUGGUCAAUGUCCAAGUUAUAUUGAUGGUUUUGCAGCCGUUACCAGAAGUAAAGGAUUUAUCAUUUCUGGUAGAACUGUUUAUGAGGUAGAUUCAAGUGGUAGAAAUGAUUAUAGUAAUGUUAGAAAAACAUAUUCAUAUACUUCAAUGUUUCCAAGUGGACCAACAAGUGUUGAUGCUGCUGUAACUAAUUCAAGAUCUGGUUUAACACUUUUAUUUUCAAGUAAUCGUGUUUAUGCAUAUGAAUAUAGUUCAUCAUCAAAUAAAUUUACCCCAUAUUCUGGAUUUCCUAAACGUAUGCCAUCUGAUGUCAUGUUUAUUCCUAGCGGUGCUUUAGUUUGGGAUGAUGGUCAUCAAUUAAUAUUAUCUCCAAAUGGACAAUUUGCUGUUUAUGAUGAAAAUUGGAAUCAAGCAACAAUGACAGGAAUGACUAGAAAUUAUUUUGGAGAUUUUCCCAAAGGUGUUAAAGGUGGUUUUGCUAACUCAAAAGCAUCAAGUGAAAUGGUAUUAUUUACUAGAAGUUCAAUUUAUAAAUAUAAUUCGAUGUCGAAACGUUACUCUGAAAAUAGUGUUCCAAUAGGAACAUAUUUUAAUUGUUAA